CUGGGGGAGGGGGCGGCGCCGCAGCCGCUGAACAAUGAGGGGGCGUGCCGGCGGGGGGCGAGCGGAGGCGCCGGCGGGAGUUGGGGGCUAGAGGGCUGUGGGGAGGCGCUGCGGUGGUGGGGACAGUGAGCGGAUCUCAGAGGGACUUGACUGGAAGGGGUCGAGGACUCAGGGCCAGCGCCCCGACUCGCCGCGCUCCGUGGGGGAGGAAGCCGUCUGCAGGACCCUGGCAUCCGGUCCCCCAGCCUCCUCCGCCCUCCCCUGGGACCCCGCGGCCUCCCGCCCACGGCUUUUUCCCAGCCCUGCCCCUCGCCCUCGGCUCCAACCGGAGCCCAGACGUUCCCAGGAUCCCUGAGCCUCCGGCCCCAGACACACCAGACUCACAGCUUGGGCGACUCUUGUUCGCUUUACUCUUCUUUGUUUCACCCUUUCCGGUUUUUUUCUGUGUUAUCUCUUCUUGCUCCCCCUUUUCUAUCACUUUGCGACUGUCUCCCCCAUUAGUUACUCCCAGCGCCCCCUCCCUGGAUUCAGACCAUCCUCCUAAUCCUCAGCCCCCAGUCUGUGAGUCGGGGGUGGGGGCGGUGUGGAGGCAGGAAAGUCUAUGGGGUCCUGGUAUCCCAGAAGGGGGUCUUUCUGCAGAAGCCGCUGAGCCACUCAGCCAUGCCCGAGGGAGCCCGUGGACUGGGCCUGUCCAAACCCAGCCCUAGCCUCGGCCACAGAGGUGAAGUGUGUGACUGUGCGGCUGUGUGUGACACUCGGACAGGUGAGCGGGCGAGGGAGGGGUGGAGCCUGCUGGGCAUUCAUUCUUUCAUUCAAGACCCUGCAGCCUCCCAGGCUGACCCAGUGCAGGCAACACAGGCUGACCAAGACAACCCCGGCCCUCCUGCACAGAGCUCCAGGUCCGGUAGGGAAAGGGACUCAUCUUGAGGCCCUGAGGGAAGCCCAGCACACAGUGGUCAGGGCUGGGUGGGAUGGGGAGAGCUCAGAGGGCUGUGGGAACCCUGUCUGGGAGAUGAAGGGAGGCUUCCUGGAGGAGGGGGAUAUCUAAACUGAGAGUUGAAAGAUGAGGCCGGGUGAACUGAGAGAGGCCAGGUAUCUAAACUGAGAGUUGAAAGAUGAGGCGGGGUUAACUGAGAGAGGCCAGGAAGAGUGUUCUGCGCAGGGGCACAGAGGUGAGAAGCGGCUGCUUAUUUGAGUAACCCAGAGAAGCUGAGCGUGCCUGGAGCCCGAAGGCAGCCCCUGCCACCCCUGCCAUGACCUCCCCCCGAGGGUCUGGGAGCUCCACGUCCUUGAGCACUGUGGGCUCCGAGGGGGACCCGGCUCCGGGCCCCACCCCAGCCUGCUCAGCCUCGAGGCCAGAGCCCCUUCCAGGGCCCCCCAUCCGCCUGCAUCUGUCGCCUGUGGGGACCCCGGGUUCUGCGAAACCCUCGAGGUUGGAGCGUGUGGCCCGUGAGAUCGUGGAGACAGAGCGGGCCUACGUCCGGGACCUCCGAAGCAUCGUGGAGGACUACCUGGGCCCUCUGCUGGAUGGCGGGGUCCUGGGGCUGAGUGCGGAGCAGGUGGGCACGCUGUUUGCCAACAUCGAGGACAUCUACGAGUUCAGCAGUGAGCUUCUAGAAGACCUGGAGGGCAGCAGCAGUGCCGGGGGCAUCGCCGAGUGCUUCGUGCAGAGGAGCGAGGAUUUCGACAUCUACACGUUGUACUGCAUGAACUACCCGAGCUCUCUGGCCCUACUCCGGGAGCUGUCACUGUCCCCGCCAGCAGCCAUGUGGUUGCAAGAGCGCCAGGCCCAGCUCCAUCACUCGCUGCCCCUGCAGAGCUUCCUGUUGAAGCCCGUCCAGCGCAUCCUCAAGUACCAUCUGCUGCUGCAGGAGCUGGGCAAGCACUGGGCGGAGGGCCCGGAUGCUGGGGGCCGUGAGAUGGUGGAGGAGGCUAUUGUGUCCAUGACAGCAGUCGCCUGGUACAUCAAUGACAUGAAACGCAAGCAGGAGCAUGCUGCGCGCCUCCAGGAGGUGCAGCGGCGGCUGGGCGGCUGGACCGGUCCGGACCUCAGCGCUUUUGGGGAGCUAGUGCUGGAGGGUGCAUUCCGAGGUGGUGGAGGGAGUGGCCCUCGGCUUCGAGGGGGUGAACGGCUGCUCUUUCUGUUCUCACGGAUGCUGCUCGUGGCCAAGCGCCGGGGACCGGAAUACACCUACAAGGGCCACAUCUUUUGCUGCAACCUGAGUGUGAGCGAGAACCCUAGAGACCCUCUGGGGUUCAAGGUGUCUGAUCUGACCAUUCCCAAGCACAGGCACCUGCUCCAGGCCAAGAACCAAGAAGAGAAAAGGCUGUGGAUUCACUGUCUCCAGCGCCUCUUCUUUGAAAACCACCCCGCCUCCAUCCCUGCCAAGGCAAAACAAGUCCUCCUUGAAAACAGCCUGCACUGUGCUCCUAAAAGCAAGCCUAUCCCAGAGCCCCUUACACCCCCACUUGGGUCUCCCCGACCUCGAGAUGCUAGAAGUUUCACUCCUGGACGAAGGAACACAGCUCCAUCACCAGGACCUGCCACUACCCGUCGUGGCCGCAGACAGUCUGAGCCUCUGAAGGACCUUUAUGUCAUGUUCCCACACGAUGCUAAGCCUAGACUCAAGCAUGCCGGCAGUGCGGGGGAGCUCUACCCACCCCUGGAGCCUCAGCCACCAGGUCCCACUUCUGGACCCCCUGAGGACCUGGAGGACACAGGACCCCCGACGCUGGACCCUUCUGGGACCUCAAUCACUGAAGAAAUCCUGGAGCUCCUGAACCAAAGAGGCCUCCGGGAUCCGGGGGGCCCACUACAGCCACCCCCCGAUGAUGUUCCCAAGUUCCCCGGAGACUCCCAAGUGCCAAGCGACAGUGACACCCUCACAUUCCAAGGCCUGCCCAGCCGAGACUCUUCAGAAGAGGAGGAGGAAGAACUGGACGUGGAUGAACGGGAGCCUUCCCCACUCCACGUCCUGGAGGGGCUCGAAGGUUCCAGUGCGGCUGAAAUUGCCGACAUUCCCAGCCUUUCCAAAAGCCCCGACAGACCCAGCCUCCCUGAAAUGCCCAGCCUUUCUGAAAUUCCCCAGAUGCCACGCCUCCCCAGCCUCUCUGACAUUUCCAGUGUUUUUGAAAUGCCCUGCCUUCCAGCCAUUCCUAGCAUCCCCGACAUUCCUAGUCUUUCCAGCGCUGCCCCCCAGCUCCCCUGUGACUCCUGGCUCCAGGGACCCCCACAGGAGCUGAAUGAGACUCUAGCCACCCGGAGGGAACUUUUCCCCGGAAGCACUUCUGGAAAACUGGGCGAGCCCUCCUCAGAAGGCAGGGCAGGGCGAGAAGAGGAUGAAGGAGGAUCAUUCCCAGAAUUCCAGCCCCCAGAUGUCACCCGGGAUCAGGGAUUCUCACAUGAGCUGGAGUUCCGCUCUUGCUCUGAAAUCCGGAGCGCCUGGCAGGCCCUGGAGCAGGGGCAGCUGGCCCGGCCGGGUUUUCCUGAGCCACUGCUGAUCCUGGAAGACUCGGACCUGAGUGGAGGCGGUAGCAGUGGAGGAGGGAAGGCAGGAGUCCCGACUUCAGAGAGGUCAGCAUCCCGAGUGCGAGAGUUGGCCCGGCUUUACAGCGAGCGAAUCCAGCACAUGCAGCGGGCCGAGACCCGGGCAUCAGCCAACGCACCCCGCCGCAGGCCUCGGGCUCUGGCCCAGCCACAGCUGUUACCCGGCCUGCCCCAGGAGCAGGCCGAGCCAGGACCCCUGCCUGCCUUUGGACACGUGCUGGUGUGUGAGCUGGCCUUCCCUCUGACCUGUGCCCAGGAAUCUGUCCCCCUCAGCCCUGCUGCGCGGGUUCAAGCCGCCACACCUUUGACUAAGCUGGGAGGCUGCCAGGACAGCCAGGGUCUACAUGUUUCCAGUUUGCCUGAGCAAGGCCAUCUGAGCCUCCAGGUUCCAGCUGCUACCCCCCUGCCUGAGCAAGGAAGCCUCUGGAAUAUCCAGAUUCCAGCCACCACAACUUUGCUGGAGCAGGAUGACCCCCCAGGCAGCCAAGCUGCAGCUAUUACAAUUUCGCCAGAUCAGGGCCACCUGGAAAUCCAAGUUCCAGCUGCCAUUCCUUUACAGGAGCAUAGAGACCACGUGGAUACCCAGGUUCCUUCUAGCACCUCAUCUCCUGAGCAAGGAGGCCACGCGGACAUCCAGCUUCCCACCAACCCAGCUUCACCCAAGCGGGGAAGUUCCUCUGAUGUCGUGGUUUCAGCCACCAGUCCUGCACCCAAGCGAGAAGGCUGCUGGGACAGCCAGAGCCCAACCAACACCCUGGUAACUAAGCCAGGAAGCUCCAGGGGUGUUCAGUCCCCAGCCACUGCGUGUGGGCCAGCCGUCGAUGCUGUGCUUAUACGCGGAAGCAGCCUGGACCCUCAGAUCCCAGCUGACACCCCACUGCCUUUGCAGCGUGACCUCCCAGACAUUCAGGUUCCGGGUACCUCACCUCUGCCUGUACACGGAGGCCACUUGGACCGUCAGAUCCCAGCCGAUGCCCCGCCGUCCUUGCCCCAGGACCUCCCAGACUUUCAGGUUCCAGCUGCCACACCUUUGCCCCAGACAGCAGGCCUCACAGACGCCCAGGUCCAAGCCUUCCCGCCUUUGCCCCAGCAGGGAGGCCUCCGAUACAGCCAGGGUCGUGCUGCUGCACCUUGGCUUCAGGAACAAAGCCUCACAGACCUCCAGGUUCAGAAGCUGACACCUUUGUUGGAACCGAAGGGCUUCAUGAAUGACCAGGAUCCAGCCGCCACACCUUUGCCUGAGCAAGGAGGCCCUACAGACACUCAGGGCCCAUUACCCACCCCAGUCCAGACCACCGUGCUUUUGGCCAAACAAGGAGGUCACUCGGUCUCUCACGCUGCCAGAUCAGAGUCUUCAGACUUGACCCCACCCCACAGUCCCCCACCCCCGACACGGAAGCUCCUGGGCCCCAAUGCGGCCGCCCUUUCAAGAUACCUGGCAGCUUCAUACAUCAGCCAGAGCCUGGCUCGGCGACAGGGGCCUGGAGGAGAGGCUCCCCCAGCCUCCCGGGGCCCUUGGUCCUCUGCCCCCACAUCACGGGCACCUUCACCGCCACCCCAGCCCCAACCCCCACCCCCCCCAGCCCGGAGGCUCAGCUAUGCCACUACGGUCAACAUCCAUGUCGGAGGUGGCGGGCGGCUACGGCCGGCCAAGGCCCAGGUCAGGUUGAACCAUCCUGCUCUCUUGGCAACUCCCCAAGAAUCUGUGGGUCUCCGCAAAGCCCAGGGGGGCCCCGAUGCCCCUUUCCACAUGUGAAUGAGGAUGUCAGUGUGAGUCAGGAUGUCGGGCUCCUUGAAAAGCAAAGACUUCAACCAGAUGCCAGAGACCUUCAGAAUUCACCCAGAAGUCCAGACACUGAACACAGGUCUAAAAAUUGCCACAGCUUUCUGACUCCUGGAAUCUUUGGCGAAUGGUCCUUGUUACUUACCUGGAUUAACCCAACAGGGAUGGGGAAGGGGGUGUCAUUAAUAUUUUGUUAACUAAUACUAUGGAAUUAUGUGUCUUUUCCCAUUCUGGAGGCAGUGGGGAUGACAGAAAGCAACAAUGAAUAGGAAGGUCUGAUACUGCACAAAUAGUUGUUCUGAAAAUUUGGGGAAUCUCAGACUCCUUUGAGAAUUACUGAAAACUGGACCCAUUACAGUUGCGUGUAUGAGUUUAGAGGGUUUAUAAACUGCUUGAUGCCUAA